GUGUACAGCGGUGAUAAGUCUGGCAACGCUUGUUGGUGCUGUUUAAGUGACAAGCGCGUGUACAAGCUCUCAAGAGCAUCUGGCGACUAGAGCAUUGACGCGUGGUCAGUGAUAUAAAUUAUUUAUACUACCAGGUGAUCGAUAGAUAUAUCUAAUCAGUGAUGUCUGAUCCUGGAGCAAAGUCUAAAAUACGGGAAUUUUUGCGACAAGAUGACGAUGCCUGGCGACUUCUGCAAUGUGCGGCAGCGGAAGUCCUUGGUUCUGCAUUUCUUGUGUUUCUUCUUUGUGGUGGGAUUGUUGGGAGCACCAAAGCAGGAGUACCUCUUCAUCUCCAAGUAAUUCUCAACGUUGGACUGGCUAUUAUGCUUGUCAUCCAGACAUUCGGUCACAUUAGCGGUGCACACGUCAACCCAGCGAUCACUGUCGGAAGUGUCAUACUUGGAACAAAAACCUUGGUACAGGCUGGAACUUAUAUCAUAGCGCAGUACGUCGGGUCUAUAUUAGGAUUUGGUCUCCUAAAGCUGGUUACACCAGCAAACAUGUUGCGAUAUAGCCCAAAAGCACCAGAGGCAGAUUUUUGCAUAAAUGCACUUUCCGAUGGGGUGUCAGUAACCAGGGGAUUGUUCUUGGAGUUCCUGGCAACGAUGAUCCUGUUGAUUGUGGCUGGAGCAUUCUGGGACCAGAGGAAUCAUAACAAUACCGAUUCAGUUCCCUUGAAAUUUGGACUUUGUGUCUGCUGUUUGGCCUUUGUCUUCGGCCCCUGGACAUCUUGUGGCAUGAAUCCAGCUAGAUCAUUUGCUCCAGCAGUCUGGAAUGGAGUCUGGAAGGAUCAGUGGCUCUUCUGGUUGGGACCUUAUACUGGAGCUAUUGCUGGAGCUUCACUUUAUAGAGUAGUUUUUGGAGUCAAGAAGGAGAUGACGUACGACAUCCCGGAGGCAAUUGCUCUCAAUCAUAUUGAUGGAGAAAAAUCAGAGAAUGUUUGAUCAGCAAAAAAUGGGCACCAAACGCUGUGGGUACCAAGCAAUUCACUGUGCCAUCACAGAAAUCUAGAUGUAGGCAUGUGCACGACACGGAUAUCCUGAAUGCUCGUCGUAUCAUCCUGAGCUGUGGUUAUGCCAUCCAGUGAUAUGGGCAUGGGAUGGGGAUGAGAGGAACGGGGGCAUCUCUGUAUAAACCGCCCGGAGAGUUUACCAAACUGUGCUUCUCUCGACUUUCAUAUUUCCAGCGAUAUAUAAACGUUCGCGUGUGUCAUAACACAGGGUUGAGUGACUAACGUGAAUGUCUCACCGGCGAGUUGAAAUGAAAAGAUGAAAAUUUUGUAACUGGGGCUUGAGUUCUCAACCAUCUCAAAUGAAAAAUGUACUCAGUCUUUUUUUUAUGUUGACGGAGUGAGGAUUACUUGGUUGGAUACGAAUGCUUCUGUAUAUUAUGAAAGUGCUUUUCAUCGAGAACUUUAACGUGACGUGAUAUGCAUUUAAACAAUUAUGAACACAUUCGACAGGGUAAAUGUGUGAUUGGUUAAGUUUCGAUAAAUAAAUUGAUGAACAAAUUGUCAAUACUCGUUCAUAA